AGACUGCGAGACUCCGACGGAGUGAAGCAGACAGCGGCAGCGAGAGCCGAGAGCGGUAGCCAUGGAAGGAACAGUGAUGUGCACGGUGAUAGCAAUGGAUCACACCAACCUCUCCUACAGAGCCUGUUCCGUCUGCGAGCGAACCCUUCCCGACGUUCCCAAUCCCGUCUGCAAAUUCUGCCCCAACUACAACUCCGGCCGUCCUCCACCGCCGCCUGUCCGCUUCUUUCGCCUCCUCGUCUCAAUCGCCACGGACACGGAGGUUUUCAAUGUGAUGUGCUUCGACAGGGCAGCGAGAGUCCUAAUCGGCUGCUCCGCCGAUGAGUUCUUCGAUUUCGCAAAGUUUCAUCCUUUUGCCGCGGCAAAUGCCGGGAAAAUUCUGGAAGGGGAGAUGAUGAAGAUGACACUUACAAAGCCGAAGAAUGGGAAUGCGCAGCAUCUCAGAGCAGCUGCCGUUGUUCCUCUGCGGACUGGAUUUCAGCCGGCGAUCAAAAGCUUGAGGGAACUGUACAAGGCCAGACCAGGCUUGAGUUAGGUCCAACUCUAAACCCUGUAAUUAGGUUCGUUCUCUAAGACUCUAACCAAUUGGGUGGAACUCUGGUAGAACAUAAACAUGGUGCAGAGUUUAUGCCAAAUAAUCAAUGGCGUCAUCUUAUAUUCUUAUUCAUGAUAUCAUUACAAAUUUAUAUCAACAAGUCAAUUUCAGUAUACAGAAAUCUCGAUGCUUUUACCCCCUGAAUUAAGAAUCAGAGUAUUAUUGUUAGAUCUUCCCCUGCAUCCAACCUUGCAACAUCUGCAACGCGGCCUUGGGCUGAUCCAUGGGCACCAUAUGGCCGGCAUUAUACACCUUCAGGAAAGCCAAGGGUCCAUAGCUCUUCAGCUCCCCUGACUUUGUGUUUCCGGCCAUAAAUGGAACGGUCGAAGCACCCUGGAACUUCUGUUGUCCCGACCAUUUCAUGGCGUUAACCCAGUUCGAGUUUCCCAUCCAGUUGCAUAUCAGGUCGUACUCUCCAGCAUAGAUCAGCACCUUGAUCCCGUUUUCCAGGAGGGUCGGGAUCCCGGUUUCGUAGUCGACCAUCCAGUCUCCCAUCAUCGCGUUGUGGACUACACUGCUGCAGGACACGAAGUCGAUGUCUUUCACUCCCAGUGCCGAUUUCACAUUGUCAUCGCCGAGGAACUGCUCCAUUCGAGAGAAGUCGUAGCAGAGUGAACCCUCGCAUUGUUUUCUGAUAUCGUAGUACUGCAAAGUUGGCAACUUUUAAUUUUGAGUUGGCUGUGUAAUUAGGAGUCUGUAGUUUUGUAAUGAGUUAGCGGAGAGAUUUCUUACAUUAAUAGAACCAGCAAUGCUCAUUAUGGAACUGAAGAUUUCCUGGCAUGUGGACAAAGCUUCGGUGCAACCAUCAUCGCCUGCAGAAUCUGCAAUUGGGGGUUGUCAGAGGUUUUUAAAGGAAAGGGGAAUAGCUGAGCUGAGGAUAGUGUUUGUUCUGAAAGCUUAUUACCGCAAGCUGAAAUGGCGGAUUGGCAAGGUGGAACCAGGUUGCUGGUAAUUGAGUCAUGAUCAGCCUUUGUGAUGAGUUUUGCAGCCAGAGCAUACUCUGGGUAGGCUUUGUAUUGGAUUCCAGGAUCAGUAAGGCCAUUUCCAAUUGCAAAGCCCUGUAUAUGAAGAAAGAAAGCUGAAUUCCUGAGAACCACUGGAUAAAUUGUGAUUACUACAUUCAGUCAUGGAGAAUGAAAUGAGGUAUUACCUUCAGGUUGAUGUGUAUUCCUUCAUUGUUCUUGUUUCCUUUGUAAAUCCUAGAAGCCAGAGCAGGAAUGUAAUGGCCGGCGUAAGAUUCUCCUGUGAUGUAAAAGUCAUUGUUUGCAUAUUUGGAGUGUCCUUUGAAAAAUUCCUGAAAAAACCACCAGAUACAGCAACCGUGUCAGGAGAAAAACAGAGGAGGAAAACCAAACGUUCAAG